AUGCCGGUGAACCACAUAUCACAGGAACAAUUGAUUUGAAUGUCGUAUUCAUAAAAAUUAUUUGCGUUGGUUUGAGUUGUUUAUAGGAAUUUUGCCUUUUGUUUACAUACAUAUCUUUGGAACUUUCUAAUCGUAUACAAUCAAGAUGGAUUCAAAAUUAAUAAAUAUUUUGUUUAUGAGCUUGGCGUUUUUAACGAUUUUCUUCGCAUUUCAAACAACAGCUAGUCUUCAGAAAAAAAUUCUACGCACAGAGCAUCAGAAGCAACAUAGUUUCGAAAAUAGUGCUUUCACCAGCCUGGGAAUAUAUUACUUCGUUUUCGCGGGUACUUGUUGGUUUGUACCACCACUCGUUGCCGUGGUUGGUCCACGAUGGUCACUGGUAAUUGGAACCAUAACCUAUUUACUAUUUAUCGUACAUUUCUACCAUCCCUUCGAAUGGCUGCUAUAUUCAUUGAAUAUAACACUAGGUGUUGGUUCGGCAAUUAUAUAUAUCACACAGGGUAAUUAUAUCGCAAGAAAUAGUGAUAAUAGCACCGUUACGAGGAAUUCGGGAAUAUUUCUUUCGUUCCAACAAGCAAGCUAUAUGAUAUCAGCUAUCUUGUUUUACUUCAAGUAUGCCAAUAUUGAUAUGAUUGAAGAUGUAGACCGUUACAUAAUUAUGUCAGUAUUAACAUUUAUUUGCCUAAUUGGACUGGUAAUGUUGUUCUUCUUGCGCUUGCCGGAAAGCAACCAAGCGAUAGAUAAGGAGGAACACAACAGUUGCUCUGCUGUAUUCCUUACCAUUCGGGAUAAUAUUAUGCUGCUUCUCGAAAGAAAUAUGAUACUGUUGGUAGUACUCUUCGUGUACACCGGUUUGGUACAAGCGUUCUACAACGGAGUUUAUGGCCCUGCCAUGGCGUUCACACAAAGUCUCGAAAUGCAACCGGAUGAAUUGUCCUUUACCGGCUACAUAUUGAAGGGUUGUGGAGGAUUUUUGGGAUCACUGUUCUUUGCUAUUCUGGGUGAUAUGACCAUACGAUGGGGUCGUGAUGUAUUUAUGUAUUUAGCAGGAGUAUUCCAUUUAGUUACAUUCAUUAUCAUCUAUCUCAACAUCCCCAAUGAAUCGUCAUUUGGGGAAAACCAAGCUACCUCCGUCAUUGACCCCCCCAAUUAUUAUUUGGCAAUAUUGUGUAGCUUUUUCUAUGGUUUGGGAGCAGCGUUUUACACCGUUCAUAUUUAUAGCAUGUUGGCUGGUGCAUUUGUGUCCGAAUCGACUGCCGGAUUCGGGAUUUAUAAAUUCUUUCAGUGUCUUGGUUGUGCGCUGGCUUACCUAUAUUCGAAAUAUGCCAGUUUAUACAUCCAAAUGGGGGUACUAAUUGUGCUUCUGAUAGCGGCAGUUGUCUGUUUCGCGGUUGUUGAACGAUCAGUCAAGGCUAAGCAACAAGCUGAUCAACCACAAAACUAAUUACAAUAUAAUAUACAAAUGUGUCUGCAUAUAUUUCGAUCCGCCUCUGUGGGACUCGAAUACCAAAAAAAAGUCAGUAGAUAUUCUGAUAUGGCUGUCUAUUUAUGGCAACGGAAGUGAUUUAACGCCAAGAGGGAAGAGGAAAUCGAAACAAAUCGUACCGGAACACAAAUACAAAGGGGAAGGCAAAUAAUAAUCAAUCCCUUGUGACAAAUAAGUAAAAUUGGAAAAACUUAAUGCAUUAGUACGAUCUAUGGAUUGAAAACUACUUUAUUAAUGAACUUUAUUUUAACUUACUAAGUUAGUGGACUUUUAAUAAAAAGUUCACUUUUCAAAUUAAUUUUUCUGAGUUUGAAUAAAUACUAAUCAUUAAAAACUGAUACAAGAGUCAAUUAUUAUGAGAAACUCACCGGAACACUUGUAAGAGGUAUUACUUCAACUUCAACAUUUUUUACGUUUUCAGAACGGCUAUUUGUAUUGUCCAUUUCUAUUGAAAUUGGAUUUGAGAUUAGAUUUAUAUUUGUUUUUGUUUCCAUUCCCUUCAUAAAGUGAGGGAAUUAUGCGCUGUUACAUUAAGGCAGAACCGCUUAAUAAACACCUAUGUAUAUUAAGUCCAAGCCAUUGUAUAACAAAAUUCAGCUACAACUCUGUGUUGGCUCACGGUAUUACAGCGUACAUAUUCACUCAGCAUUUUUUAUGAUGGCCACCUUAAUAAUGGCGAGCUGCCGUUUGCGGCUUAAAUGUACAAUUUGUUGGCAGCAAGUCGCGAUUACCUUUAUCGCCUACCUACCAACACCAACACACAUGAACCUGCACUCAGCAGCGCGCGGGAAACUCACCAACCAUGCAAGUGUAAACUCUUGCGCUCCGCGCCAUCUUUAUUGGUGUAAUUUUUGAAAAGUUAACGAACAAAAGACCGAGCACACACCACCUCAGCCAGCGAACGAGCGCCAAAUUUGUAUCUACGAUUUUGUUGUGGCUCGUUUGUGCCGCUCAUUCGCUGUGCAACAGUCAAAGCUUGUGGACGUAGUUUGCGUGUGGUGAACGGUGUUUUCAACAGUGCGUUAUUUUCAGCGUUUUAAACUGGGCUUGAACGCACUUCGCGUAUACGUACACAUAUCAACGAGUGAGUGUGUGCUUCACGACUAUAUUAGUUAUACGAGUAUAGCAAGAAAGGCAAUUAAAUAGCCACCUACAUUCAUUUGUCCACAUAUAAACAUUUAAAGCAAAGUGUGCAAUAAACAAGAGGCUAAGGAAAAUACGAGUAUAUUUCUAUAGUGUUGUUGUUGUACUUAUUUUUAUUGUGCACGAAUAAAACUGUGGCUUAAAGCUAAGGUGAAAAACAUCAGCAUCCGAAUGUGAAGUAGAGAGAAUAGAAUACAGAAAAUAAAGAGAGACAAUAGCGCACGGCACUUGAACUGAGUAUUAUUCAUUUGUGCGCUUUAGGUGUGUUCGUUCUUCGUGUAUAACUCGAUUGGAUGCAAAGUGAUCGCCAAAGCCAGACUCUGAAAUUCACCUAAGCAAAGCAGAGGCAACAGUUAAAAAACUACGAAGAGUACAUAGAAGCAGCAAAAAAGCCAGGGAGCUAGCCAACGAAAGUUAUUUAUUCAAAUAAUAAACUCACUCGAUAAGUCAUUUUAGGGUGUGGUGCGUAAUUUGUUCGCAGAAAAAGUCUAAUUAAUAUAUUCCGUGAAAAUCAGCAUAGCGCAAGUUAUAUUUACAAGCAUUUCAUUGUAUUGAACUUGAUGUUACAAAACAGUCAACGAUCGACAGCGAAAUUCAUGGCCAAAACCAUGUCCUCAACGCGCACCUCGUUUUUGGCCAUUGUGGUUUGCUUAGUGGCGCUGUUGGCGGGCAGUGCGCAAGCGCAACGUACUCCGACGAUCUCAUACGUUACACAAGAACAAAUUAAGGAUAUUGGCGGCACGGUCGAAUUCGAUUGUUCGGUACAGUACGCGAGCGACUAUCAAGUACUGUGGUCAAAGACUGAUGUCGACCCCGUCUUCCUCUCGACCGGCUCAACGUUGGUGAUCAAAGAUUCACGAUUCUCACUUCGUUAUGAUCCGAAUUCAUCGACAUAUAAACUGCAAA